CGCAGCUGAUUUGUGACUUGGUCUUGCUGGGACUAAGAACCCCUCGCAUACAAUACUUGGAGACCCCCGUUCUUGUUCUGGACCGAAACCACUCAGCCUUCAGCUUUCCUUCUUGUUACACUCGAAUGUCUCCAAGGCAUGAAAUGAUUCGAAGACGUGUUCUGCAGGGCACUCGUCUAGCAAACAAUUCCUGUCAAGGCGGAAAUGGGCGCGCAUGUGCCUGACCUCCUCCAGGGUUCCAACAUACUCUACUCCCCACGCUUCAAACGACAUUCCAUCCAACCACAGCAGCUUAUGAUAUUACUGACUGGACAAAAACACUCUCUUAGAAAUAGCUGCCUCGUAUCCCGUUGCUACUCCUUGGGCAUUGAUGGGUCUGGACUACCCUGUUCAUGAUCCAACGACUCUCCGCAAUGUGUUUUGUGGUUUGAUCAACAUGACCUCGACCCUCAUCGCCACUUGCCUCUGCGGAAUCAAUGCAGAGAAGCUGCAGUUGGACUCGCAGAUCCCAUUUAGCGUGUCGUCGUGCGCAUGCAACAGCUGCCGAUAUAGUAGCGGUGUGCUUUAUACCUCCCGCAUCCCCAUCAGACAACGUCCAACUGCUGUUGAAAAGUUACAGAGAUACGACUCUUCCAACAAGCUGAGCAGGUAUUUCUGUCCGGUAUGCGGCUCACAUAUGUUUGUUCACGCUGUAAAAGACGAUUCCUGGUCCGUCUGCUCGGGAGCGGUUGAUCAUGUUGUGGGGCUUGAGCAUGUUUCUGUGCUUAGCCUGGAACAUAUUAUGCAGCACGACUUCGUAGGCGAUACUAGAGAUGGCGGUCUUGCCGUCUGCCUAUCCCACUUCGACGACAACACAGCACCGCUUUUUGCCCAGGCACCCAAUGGUACAACUUUCGAGAAGUCUCCCACCAACGAUGCCAUUGCACUCGAGCCGUCCCAUCCGCGAAAGGCCCGGCUCGAUGCAGAUAGCAUCGAAGAGAACGCCACUGCCAUCGACGAGAUCAGCGGGCGGUGCCACUGUGGAGGCGUGAACUUCGGCAUCACUCGCCCAGGUGUUGUGUCAACCCAUUGUUCAUCGCCCUUCCCCGACUUGUUGGUCCCUUAUCAUUCGUCAAGCUCAGCAAAUCCUCAAGAUAUCAAGUGGUGGCUUCGGGCGAAUGGGUCGAAAUACCUGGCUGGAACUUGUGCUUGCAGGUCCUGUCGGCUUGGUAGUGGGUAUCCCAUCCAGUCUUGGGCUUUCAUACCAAAAGCAAAUAUUCUCCAAGCGGAUGGAGAACGGCUAAGGUAUGAAAUGGGUACACUUCAGCAGGUUGAAAGCUCCAAAGACUGUUUCCGAGAGUUCUGCCGGAUCUGUGGUGCGACUGUUUUCUGGCAUUGUCGCGAAAGGCCCGAUCUUGUUGAUGUGAGUGCAGGUCUUUUGCGGGCUGAUGAAGGGUCCCGAGCAGAGAGCUGGCUUCACUGGUGGACUGACAGAGUCAGCUUCAAGGAGGAUGCUUUGGAUCAAGUUCUGGUCAGUGCUUUGGAAUUGGGCUUGGAGAACAUCAAGGUGGAGGAGUAGUCAGUGCUCUUAGCUAUGCAAUCCAUAAUGCCACAGAUCAGACCUUGAGACUCAAGAGGCCUUCAGCUCUGUCAGUAUGGCUCAA